UCGCCGAUCAGUCGAGUUGACCACCAAUCCGGUGAAGAUUGAGUGAUCAUGCUGAACGGAAAAUUCUACACGGGUCUGCCGCCCAAGAUGGUGGAACGCCAGGCGGUGAAGGUGUGCAAUCGUCAAGAAUCGCACUUUUUCUGGCCAGACGAUUCUCGAGCGGAUUCCGCAGUGGAAAAUCGAGUGAAGCGAAGGAACAGCCAGCAGUUGGAAAAGCCUGUGGAGAGGAUUACUUCCGUUCAGGAUUCCCCCACCGAAGUGGACACGCGGCGGAUGUUUCACAAGGAGUUCGCCAGUUCAUCCAUACAGUUCUAUGAUAAUCUUCAGUCGAAUCCUGGCAAAAGACCACCCUUAGGGAGGGGAUUACGCAGGGAAUUGACUCCCAAGCUAACUGAAGUAAGACCCCAGGAAGUGGAUACUAAAGCUGAGGAUACUUCCAGCCGUCGCCAGCAGGCUUAUAGCUCUAAGAUCCAGUUCUACGAUUAUGUGAAUGAAGCCGAUAAUGUCACUCAAAAUAAUGCAAGGAGACCACAAAUUGACCUUAAUGACAAACGAGAAGUGGAACUCAAUUCCAAGAACAGUCCCAAGCUGCAGGUCAAGAGAAAUGUGCGCAGUUUCAGUGUCGAACUAGAACCCAAGGUCACCAAAAAGCCUCUCAAUGACAGCCCCGAAUGGCGACGACCACGCCCACUGCCACUGCCACAGCCCAAAAAGAUACUAAAGCAAUCGGCACCAGAUCAGGAUGCCUAUGAUUACCUGGAAAACCGGGUGAGGCGAUUACAACUCACCAGAAGUCCUGGAUUGCCCAAAAAACAUGUGACCUACAACGAAGAGGCCGCGGAAUAUGCCUACUACGAUGACCGGGAAGAUCGUGAGGAGCCCACUUUCGAGAGUCGCCCUCGUCAGCAGCCAAAUAUGCCGACAGGAAGUCGACAGCAGCAGCAACAACAACAGUCACAGCAGCAACAUCACAACCAACAGCAACAUCAACGCUCUUUUAUGGAAACUAGUCGGGCCAAGCCAUUAAAUAAUAAUAAUAAUAAUUAUCAGGCCAACGCCAGCACUAGGAAAAUGUUGCCAAAAUUGCCAGAGAGCUCGGCGGUAAACACACACAUGGUCGACGACGACCAGCCCCUGCCCUCUGACCCCCGCAAGCACCUGCGCAGCAGCCUCUGCUUCAGCGGCGACGCUUUGAUGGUGGGCGGUAAGGCAUCUCAGUCGACUGCGCAAGCGCGGCGCAGCUCCGCCGGACAGAGAAUCAGCGUGGGUCUGCCGGAUUGAGAGCUCUGAGUUACAUGUUUUUCAAUGCACCUGCACUGAGAGAAAUGCUGUCAUCAUGGGCAGACACAAAUCGUAAGCAACGAAAAACCGUAAUUCUGUGAAGAGCAAUUUCAAGUUUUAAUUAGCAACAUUUAUUUUGGAAAUAUUUGCUCAAUUAGGAAGUAUUUUUUCACAGUGUAGUUAAGCUGACAGCAACAACUUGCAAUGCUAAUUGAAAGCAACAGAUAAGUAAAACGCCGACUGCGAUUGCCAUAGCAGCAGCAGCAUCAGCACCACAGCAACUUCCAACGACAGCAGCAACAUUUCUAGGCACGGCAGCGACUCACCCUCCGCUUAAGUUUUCCAGUUUCUUAGUUUUACUUUUGCGAUCAUCUGCUUAACUUUGACUUCUCCCACAUGCGAGUGAAUGAGUCGGCUUUUGUUAUUUGUGUGCGGUUGGGUGAGCGUAAACAAACCUUGAUCUUGACUAACUUGUGAGCCUGCUGUUGUUGUGCAAGCCGAUCAUGUAUUAAUUUAGGCUUUAAAGCCAACGCAGAAUAAUCUAAAGUUGCUAUAAGAGACUUAUGCUAAUAAACUGAUACAUAACCAAAUGAA